UAAGGAGAUCUCUUUCACUUUUCAUUCACGACUUCUUUUCGCUUCUACCAUCACAACCACACUCUCCUCCACUCUCUCUCGACCACGUUCUCGUCCACCCUCUCUCGUCCGCCCUUUCUCUCAACCACUUCCUCCCCUUCUGUCCCGCUCCGAGCCUGCUCUCACGUCGGCAACGCUCAUCUCUUCCAAGACGUCAUCGUCGUCGCUUCUUGACCCAACUGAAAGCCUCAGCUGCUGAAGCUCGGUCCAUUUCAUCUGCUGGUCAACUUGCUUGCCACCAUCAUCAUGAUCGCUUCUCCAGCUGGUCUCGUUCUUGUGGGCUUCAUCUUCGUCUCGACUGCCAUCGUGUGCACCGAGGCCACGAAGAGUCGUCCCGGCAUCAAGCCCUUCGGACCUAAAGCGUGCGCUUCUACUCGCUACAAUGCCAACUUCGAUGACCGUGAUUGGCUCCCUGGUCAAUACGUCGCCAACACCAUCGGCACGUACGAAGAGCUUGCCUGGCAGGGCUUCGCUGGAUUCAAUGCCAACACGACUACGGCCACUUCCACAUCUCUCGCCCCGCUGGUCCUGGAGUCUUAUCCCAACGCUGUCGGCACUGGUUUUGAGCUCACUUUGCUGAGCCCUCAGAUUCCUCAAUUCAGCACCAUCUAUUCCAACUCUCCAGCAGUCGGUGGCUUCAACCUUCACUCCUUCUACUUUAGCUGUGUCGAGAACCUCGGAACUGAAUUCACUGCUUACGCCACUCCGUGCGAAUUCACCGUGCAAGCUUUCAAGGACGGCAAACAGGUGUCGCAGAAGAAGUUGACCUACAAGCCCAAGAUGUUGAUUCGCUCUCCCAUGGCGCUCGCCACCUUUGCUAGUCCGGACUUUUGCAACAUCGACACCGUCAAGUUUCUGGUGCCCAAGCAGCUGACCAAGGCUAUCCUCAUCGACAACGUUGAUUACACCACGCACACGUGCAAGAAGGCCGGCAGCAAGAGGAGCCUCAUGAGCCCCAAACCGCUCGACCAAGACGAGGAGCUGCUCCCUCGCCGCGUGGUCAUCUAAAGUCCUUCGCGAGACCGUCGGCCCAAUGGAAUCUAGGAUCUGCUUGACCGCCCCGACGACGCUGUAGUGGCCCAGCGGCCUCCCUUUCAUCCAGCGCGUUGCUCGCCAUUACGAAAUCCUCUCCUUUGUCGCAGUGUCUGAAAGCGCGACAAAUGUUGCAAUCUCUCCCUGCACACACUUCCCCCGUCUGUUCCUCCUUCCCCAUCAUCGCAGCUCUCACCGCCACCACUUCUCAUCGGACCGAGCACCGCCAAUCACCUAGAUGCAGUCCCCCGCUCAAACGUAAUCGAAGUCCAUUCU